GGCGGCUGCGGACUGCGAUGCGGUCCGCAUUGUACUCCUCGCUGAACAUACUGUGGAAGAGCAACCGGUCGGCGGUGUAUCACGUUCCGACCCGGCAGGCUGGUUCUGGCCUAGCGGAGUAUCCCGGAACACCACUGGCAUCGCACGGGCGGCCUGGGUUCGAAGAUACUCAUGUGAUGAUCUUCAUCGGUUUCGGCUUUUUAAUGACAUUCCUCAAAAAGUACAGCUACAGCGCACUUGGGUUCAACUGGCUGUUGGCAGCCCUAGUCAUUCAAUGGGCACUACUCUGCCAGUCCUUCUACCACAUGAAGAAUAACACUAUUUAUGUCACUAAGAAGUCUUUGCUUGAAGCGGAUAUUAUGUCUGCGACAGUUCUCAUAACUUUUGGUGCACUAUUAGGAGUAGCUAGUGGACUGCAGUUGUUGUUCAUAGCUAUUGUUGAAACGGCCGUUGCUUGCCUCAAUAUGUGGCUUGUGGCGGAUGUAUUUAAGGCAUCUGAUGUUGGUGGCUCGAUAGCCAUUCAUACUUUUGGAGCAUAUUUUGGGAUCGGUGUCAGCAUGGCACUGAAAUCAAAGAAUAAGGACACAACUCCUACUACAAAUGGAAACACGACUCCAAGCGUCGACCUGAAUGCCCCUAGCUACAUAUCCGAUGUCACUGCUAUGAUAGGAUCAAUAUUUUUGUGGAUAUAUUGGCCAUCAUUUAAUUCUGGACUAACGAACACAGACGCCGAAUAUCAAAGAGCUGUUGUCAAUACGUAUUUAUCUCUGGCUGCUGCUACGGUAACUACAUUUGUUUUAUCAUCAGCACUGAAUGAGCACAAAGGUAAAUUUGACAUGGUCCACAUCCAGAACUCGACCCUGGCUGGUGGAGUGGCUGUGGGCUCCGUGUGUAACAUGCAGAUCGGAGCUGGUGGAGCAGUGGCUAUUGGAAUCGGCGCGGGGAUCUUGAGCGUUCUAGGAUAUCGUUACCUGACACCUAAACUCACAAAAAUUGGCAUCCUGGACACUUGCGGUGUGAACAACCUUCACGGUAUGCCUGGAAUCUACUCCGGUGUUCUCUCCGUCCUGUUCGCCGGUCUAGCCACCAGCGACGCUUAUGGCGCUGAACUUGGCACUGUUUUUAGUGGCAUUGGCCAGAUUCUUGUAUUAUAGAAUGGCAGAACUAUUGGACAACAAGCUUUGAACCAGUUCCUAGCUCUUGUGGUGACUCUGGUAUUAUCACUGGUAUCUGGAUUUCUAACAGGUAAGAAACAAUUCGUAUCAACGAGCGAGGUGCCAAAGAGGUUGUGAGGUAAAUUGCUUCCUAUUUUGAGUUAACGCCAGAUGAGCUUAAGUGAAAGAAA